AUGGAAAAGGAAAUCUGCUAUCGGCAACGAAGGAGAAAAGAAGUCGUCUACGACGAUUACGUUCACGAGGACUCCUUGUACCAAGGUGACUGGCACAUCGAGGAGAACCCAAACGUGGACUACGAGAUCCUGCUCAGAGGACUACGAGCCUGUGCUGAGCGUGCCUCGAAGCCGCGCACAACAAACUUGGAUCGAAUUUCGAAGACCACCAAGGAAUUGUUGGGCUUGAUCCGAGUGCAUCGCACAUUGAGCGGUUAG